CUCCCCGUUGAAUGAACGCGGCGUCGUGGCAACGUCACCGGAAAGUCCCGGAUGUGUCAGGUCAGGGCGCUAUGAGGAGACCACAAGGGGACGGCCGCAACCACCGUAUAUCCUUACCAGAGUGAAUCCUCUACAGCCACAUUUUGGUAACCGAACUCUGAGAUCUUGUCUGACCUCCAGACUGGCGAUGUCAAGGGUACCGAGUCCUCCUCCUCCGGCAGAGAUGUCAAGUGGACCUGUGGCGGAGAGCUGGUGUUACACUCAAAUUAAAGUAGUAAAAUUUUCCUACAUGUGGACCAUCAACAACUUCAGCUUUUGCCGGGAGGAAAUGGGCGAGGUCAUCAAAAGUUCAACAUUUUCCUCAGGAGCUAAUGAUAAAUUGAAAUGGUGUUUGCGUGUGAACCCAAAGGGCUUGGAUGAAGAGAGCAAAGAUUACCUUUCCCUUUACCUCUUACUGGUCAGCUGUCCAAAGAGUGAAGUCCGAGCCAAAUUCAAGUUCUCUAUCCUGAAUGCAAAAGGAGAAGAAACGAAAGCAAUGGAGAGUCAGCGGGCCUAUCGGUUUGUUCAAGGCAAAGACUGGGGAUUCAAGAAGUUUAUUAGAAGAGAUUUCCUGUUGGAUGAAGCCAAUGGACUUCUUCCAGAUGAUAAACUCACUCUCUUCUGUGAGGUGAGCGUAGUACAGGACUCUGUCAAUAUCUCUGGCCAAAACUCCAUGAAUAUGGUGAAGGUACCGGAAUGUCGCUUGGCUGAUGAGUUGGGAGGCCUUUGGGAAAACUCUCGCUUCACAGACUGCUGCUUGUGUGUGGCAGGCCAGGAGUUCCCAAAGCCAAGCCUUAUGGCCACAGCCCGUUCUCCAGUUUUCAGUGCCAUGUUCGAACAUGAAAUGGAGGAGAGCAAAAAGAAUCGAGUUGAAAUUAAUGACGUGGAACCUGAAGUUUUUAAGGAAAUGAUGUGCUUCAUCUAUACAGGGAAGGCACCCAACCUUGACAAAAUGGCUGAUGAUUUGCUGGCUGCUGCUGAUAAGUAUGCUCUUGAACGCUUAAAGGUGAUGUGCGAGGAUGCUCUGUGCAGCAACCUGUCGGUAGAAAAUGCAGCAGAGAUUCUGAUCUUGGCUGAUCUACACAGUGCUGACCAACUUAAAACACAAGCAGUUGACUUCAUAAACUACCAUGCUUCUGACGUCAUGGCGACUUCUGGUUGGAAGUCCAUGGUGGUGUCCCACCCUCAUCUGGUGGCUGAAGCGUAUCGUUCACUGGCCUCCGCACAGUGCCCCUUUCUGGGACCCCCACGCAAGCGGCUGAAGCAAUCCUAAGAUUGGGACCCCCGUCGCACAACCCUGCGUGUGUUUGUGUGUGUGUCAUUUUUAAAAUGGAAGUAGCGACGAAAGCAGCUGCUUCUCCAACCUUGACCACCAGGUAGAUGAUGCCAACCUGUGGAGCUUUUUACUCUGUUGUGGGGCUGGGCGGGGGUGGGUGGGAAAAAAGACUGCUUUGGGACAUGCAGACUUUUAAAACUAAGAUGAACCAACAUACAGCACCAAGUAAACUUGGGGGCAAAUGGGGGAGGGGUGGACUUUGGGUAAAGGGGACUGUUCGACCUAAUAUAUCCCUGUUGCUGCAUUGUCUGUAUGUUCCCUUUGGCUUGGCUGAGUCAAGAACUUAAGGGGGUUGGCCAGGUGCCGGCCCAAGACAACAGAUCCCAACGAUGACGAAUGGAAUUUAAGGCAAAGAAAGAAAGAUGCUGUAACAAAUGGCUUGUGCAUCUGAGGGCACAGAACAGGAAGUCAGGCAUGCUUGGAGCGAAGAGGACACUCUGUUUUGCUUCAGAAAUGAUGCAGGGGAAUGGGGUUGAAACGAGACUGCCUUGAUGAAAUGGAGCCCCCUGACGGGAGCAUCUGUGGGAUUGUAUAUCCAGAGACUUCUGAGAGAGGGAGAGCCCUGCCGGUCAACUAGACCUCCUUGCAGUUGCCAUCCAGCUGUGAUGAGGCGGUUGUUGUUUUUCCUCUUGGUAGCACUUCGACAUGAACUGCAGAACAAAAACAAACAGACAAAAUAGCUGAAUCCCUCUUGGAGAACAUACUGCAGAAAAAAAUGAACAAACAAAAUAGUGGAAUUGCCUCAGAGAACAGCGCCUUCUUAGAAGUCAAGAGAGGUCAAGGAAGAUGUGCUGUGUGGAUGGUUGAAGGCGGCCAUUUAACAGCCUUCAGGAACUGUUGGUGAUAUUCUUGGCUUGGAAAUGACUGUUUCAAAAACAGUGGUUACUUGUUUAGAUAUGGUGGAAAUUUUGUUCCUCUGGUACGUCCUUUCCUUGAUUUAGUUUUGUUCCCUUUUGACUCCUGUGAUUCCUUCACACCCUCUCAACCUUUUUGCUUUUUUUUUAAAAAAAAGAAGUUCUAUUGUUCAUGAA